AUGUUGAGUCGUCACAAGAGCAUGUAUGCAAAGCGCACGGAUGGAUCCCGAGAUGACAAGGAAUACGUUCCAGCUGGCCGUGGGAACCUCCGUCGGGGAAAGGAUCAAGCUCGGAAGCCGAGAAUCGGUGGCUGGACACUGUCUGAUAGUCGAGGAGGGAUGAUCUGGUGCUCGUGGUGGGCAUGCGUUGGCUGCAGCAGUCGCGUCGCGUGCCGAUCCAGCAAGCUUCAUCGUGGCCCGAUUCGCAAGAUACCCGACAGGACCAUUCCUUGCCUUUGCCUUUCACUUUUCCGGCUAAAGCUGAUUUCAAAUGUUGCGAAAAUCGAGAGGGGCCAAGGGCAAGAAGAACGUGCCUACACCACACGCGCUGCAAGGUGGAACGACAACCCUUUUGUUCAUUUUUGGAAGAAAGUUCAACACGAGCCACAAAAUUUCCCGCAAAAAUUCUCUGAAAAUUUCACCUCCGAGCAGCGACGCUGUGUGGCAGCAGCCCUGAUCAAUUCGCUACGCUACCGUGCCGUACGGUGCUGCUGGAGCACAAGGAACAGCUGCCGUUCAGAUCCUCGUCGAGCUGCUUGGUGCACCCAUCCUCCUUACUCUCACCACCGCGUGUAUCGACAGUUCGGACUCCAUCUGUUGAAGUACAGGGUCACCUACCUCGUUUCGUGUUUCGUUGUCCACUACCACUCCCUGUUCCGGUCCCUCACGACGCCUUUCACCCACUCCGGCUCUUGCCUGAACAUCAACGGCUCCUCAACCCGCGUGUCGCUCACAUCUGGCGAUUCUGUGGCUGUUGCUUUCAUUCACUGA